GGAGGGGUUAGGGUAAUGCCACAGCGAAGACUCAGCACACCAUUCAGAGGACGACAGAGGCCACGAGGAAGAGUCAAGGUCAGCACUGGAGUGUGAGAACAGAUGCCUCUUCUACUCCUACAGUUUCAAAUUAAGGUGUAGGAGAUUCUCAGGAGCUGGAGCAGCAGGAAUAACAUCCUGCAAAAACUCAACUUUACACCAUGGUUGUCCCACAGUCACAGGAUAAGCAACAGCCCACAAGCAGCUCUGGGGGAAGAAGCCCCAACCAACAGUACAGAUCAAACAGAUCCUUAUCCCAACACUCUGGAAGUCCACAACAUUUCAGCUCUAAUGGGAAUAUUUCACCUGUCCACACCAGUCUCCAUUAUGAGCCACAGGAGUACAGUGAGACAGACUUUCUGCUCCCCAAUCAACUUUACGGUCGGUCAACGAUCAGUGGAUCCGCGAGAGCAAAGGAUGCAGAUCGCCCGGUUGUACCUGCAGAGUCCAUCUGUUCCAUGGUGCUGCAGAUCCUGGUGCCAUUUCUGCUGGCUGGGCUUGGGACAGUCUCUGCUGGGAUUUUGCUGGAUGUGGUUCAGAACUGGGACGUGUUCCAGGAAAUCACAGAGAUCUUCAUCCUGGUCCCUGCUGUAUUAGGCAUGAAGGGGAACCUGGAAAUGACUCUGGCCUCCAGACUCUCAACUGCUGUGAAUGCAGGGAAAAUGGACUCUGCCAGAGAAAAGUGGAUGCUGAUUGUUGGGAACCUGGCGCUCAAGCAGCUUCAAGCCACAGUGCUGGGCCUGUUAGCCUCCCUGAUGGCGACUGUCUUGGGCUGGAUGGCAGAAGGAAAGAUGCCCUUUAAUCAUGUAGCGCUUUUGUGUUCAACCAGUGUUUGUACAGCCUUUGUGGCUUCAUUGCUGCAAGGUAUCAUCAUAGUGGCAGUGAUCACUGGCUCUAAGCGAAUGGGAAUCAACCCUGACAACGUGGCGACGCCCAUGGCGGCAAGCUUUGGAGAUCUCAUCACUCUUGCCUUGCUGGCCUGCUGCGGUCAGUGGUUCUACUCUUUCACAGAUCUGUAUCCCUAUGUGCUUUACCUGGUGGAUAUGUUACUUUUGUGCCUGAUCCCUCUCUGGGUGGUCAUCGCCUCCAAACACCCAGCCAGUCAUAUUCUGCUCCGCACAGGCUGGGAGCCAAUCAUUACAGCAAUGGUCAUCAGCAGUAUUGGAGGGCUUAUUCUGGACAAGUCUGUGUCAGAUCCAAACUUGGCAGGAAUCAUAGUUUAUGCUCCAGUGAUAAAUGGUAUUGGGGGAAACCUCGUCUCCAUACAGUCUAGUCGUAUUUCUACCAAUCUGCAUUUGAAUUUCUCACCUGGAGAGGUUCCUGAGGACCGUAAGAGCUGCUACAACCCGUGCCGCACUUUCUUUGGUUCAGGAGCAAACCAUCGAUCCGCCCAGAUUCUGCUUCUUUUGGUCAUCCCCGGUCAAUUGAUCUUCUUACUCACCAUCCACCUGAUGAAAGGAGGCCGCACUUUGCCCAGUCCUCUCUUAACCGUCGCCUUCUUGUCUGCUUCCCUGAUUCAGGUCUUCACCCUGCUGUGUAUAGCUGACUGUAUGGUCCACUGUCUAUGGCGGAGGCAUAAAGACCCCGACAGUUACUCAAUACCCUACCUCACAGCCCUCGGAGACCUUCUAGGGACUGCUCUCCUCUCUCUUGCCUUUCUCAUGCUGUGGUGCGUUGGUGAUUCAGGCAGUGUGUAGGCUCAAAACAAGAGAAGGCUUGCGGAAGAACAAAUACAUGAAAACAUCACUUAGGGCGGUAAAAUAAUAAAUAAAAG